ACCUCCUGAGCGCGAACCCUAGUCCCCCGUGCGGCCCCAUUUCCACUCCGACAAGAUGAAAGAAAUGAUCAUGAACCAGGAAAAACUGGCCAAGCUGCAGGCACAAGUGCGCAUUGGUGGGAAAGGAACUGCUCGCAGAAAGAAGAAGGUGGUUCACAGAACAGCCACGGCAGAUGAUAAAAAACUGCAGUUCUCCUUAAAGAAGUUAGGGGUGAACAAUAUCUCUGAUAUUGAAGAGGUGAACAUGUUUACAAACCAAGGAACAGUGAUCCAUUUUAACAACCCUAAAGUUCAGGCGUCUCUGGCAGCAAACACCUUCACCAUUACAGGCCACGCCGAGACAAAGCAACUGACAGAAAUGCUUCCCAGCAUUCUAAACCAGCUUGGGGCAGACAGUCUGACUAGUUUAAGGAGACUGGCUGAAGCUCUGCCCAAACAAUGGUAG